AUGGUGUUAGAGGAGCCCUGGUUCAUUGGCCUCGUUGCAGGAUUAGCAGCGUUAAUUGUGGUUCUUAUAUGUAUCCUAGUGAUAUUUUGCACUUUGUGGGCCAGGUAUUUAAGACAUUAUAUUUAUUUGCACUUGUUCGUUUUAACCCCGUGUUGGGUUUAUUUCAAAUAGUAUUUUCAGUAUUCAUCACUGUUGUAUUUCUUGAACGUGGCAAUCCAUGUUCCUAGUGGUUCUAUGCCACUAAUCCUGUUAAUGGUGUUAGGGUUAAGUCAUAUGACUGUUUGACCCUGUGUGUCCAGCAAGGAUCUUGAUCAAAGCGUCUGGUAACCGGUGCUCUGCGCGUGCUCUGAAACGGCAAUGGUGUUCCAGUCUCGCAAAGUUAAUUAAACCUUGCACUCAAAGGGAACUCUGUUAACCAACUCAAUUUGUCAGGAGAAGAUUCGUACGACAUCGAACCACCAAGGGAACAAGUCAUCGAAACAGCGCAGAUCGAAAUGACAAAUUAGCAGUGAAUACACUCAAUGCAAAAAUGGCUGCCAGAUUAAUAUUUUUUUGUCUGAAUUUAAAUAAGCCUAACUAGCCUCGUUCUCCAGUACAAAAUUCAAAAGAAUACCUUAUCUCAAGCGAGGCUAGUUGGGCUAAUUUUAAUUUAAACAAAAGAAUAUUAAUCUGGCAGCCAUUUUUGCAUUUGGUCUAUAGUGUUUUGCAUGGUGAUGCGCAACCCGUGACGUCAUUAGCUGAUGACGAUUAGCAGCAAGCAGGCGAUGAUCUACAUCACAAGUGACUUAGACUCUUCACAGCCGCUCGCGCCGGAGUCACGCAAGGCUCCCCGGCCCGAGAGGCUGCGAAGGAGACUACAAGCGACUACAUCGCAAGACAAAUUCUAAGUUACGCUGCUUCUAGAUAGCAACGAAGACAAAAACGUAAGGCUGAUAAAGGAUAUAGUGAAAACAAACUAACUAGACUAAAGAUAAACGAGUAUAGCGUAACUAGAUACUAGCUGAAAUGACAGUUUUCUUAGUGCUGUUCGAUUUGAGGGGGAAUGGUUCGUUUAAUUCUCUCAUUUCUUGCAUUACUCUAGGAAAGAUCGUAUGAGGAAACGCGAGGAACGAUUGCAAAGGCGUAUGGCAACUUUGGACCGCAGUCAGGUCUUGGUGGGAGUGGAACCUUCAAGCACUAUGUCAAGUAGUUCCGCGCACACAAAUCCCAAUUGGUAUUUAGUAGAGAAAUCACAAGAAGAAUCAGUACGCUCCUCACCGGGUACAUUAACAAGAGUAACUGGUAACGAGCCCUUCGUUGUUGGGAGGACGUUAGCUAGGUAUUCCAAAGAACUUGACAACUCAAGACCCUCUUCUGCAAAUAGAUAUGGCAGGUCUCAAAGUUCUUCAGAAUUCGAGUGGCGGCGAGGAAGUUUGCCACUCCAACCCACCAGAAUCGAAGGAGCGAAUUCAGCUGAGGAAAGAAUGGCGAGAUUAGGAAUGAUUCCACCUCGAUCUCACGAUGCUGCUGGACACUUUCCCAUGGGAUAUAUGACCGCUCCUCAUCCCAGGAAAAACGUACCAAUGAAGUAUGUCCCAAGGAGAUCCGACGGUGAUGUAUUGAUACCUGUAAAGGAGGUAGAGUUGUGGGAUUCAUCAAGUCCACCUCCAUUUCCAAUUCCCAAAGAAGACUACAAUACUGAGGGAGUCACUUGGUAUCGUUCGAAAUCCCUGGAUGGUGACAACCUGAUAAGUUCAUCAGUUUCUUAUAGUUACCCAAUAAAUGGUCCGCAAGCCCAUCAGUCUCAAAACGGAAGGGUUGUAUCAAAUUCUAAUCUUUUUCCUAGUGCUGCGAAUGCGGUGCAAGAAUAUCACCCAGCUCAGGAACCGGAGAAAUUAAAACGAAUUCAACGUGUUGGAGUACCAACUUUGCCCGAAUAA